CAUAGGAGGAGUUCAGGCUGUGCUGAUCUCAGUGAGAGCCUGUUGCUCAUCCCAGUAGCCCCAUCCUCACCAUCACUCUCACCAUGCAGAGCUGUGACCUGCUCCCAUCACCCAGCAAGCCAAGGACAGGACACAUCUCCCGCAGCAUGACAUUCAGUGCUUGCCACAGACUGCACAGGUGGGUGUGGAUACAAUGUAACCUGCAGGAGAUACAAUGUAAAUACUCUGCCAGAUCAGCUGGAAAACGAAAGUGAGAAACAUGAAUGUUGUGGGAACAUUGUAACAAUAUAAACUGUAAACAUGUGUCUCUGGAAAAGGAAAUCCUCGAAGCUUUGUUUGUUUGUUUAUUUAUUUAUUGUUAUGUUCUGCGACUCAAUCCUAGGUUGCCAUGGUGACUGCUCCACACCUGCUCUGUAGAUAAGACUAAUUGGCAGGAUGGAGCUGUGUUUGCAGACAUUGACAGACAGUGGUAAAGACAAUGCUGGGAUUCCAUGAAGGGAACACUAACUCGAAACAUUGUCCUCUCCUCUUACCUGCAUGUGGUCUCACAGCGUCUAUGGAAAAGCUGACACUUUUUGCCUUCCCUGUUUUUUAGCAAUUCACUCAGUGAUGAGGAGAACAAAAGGAUUUUUGGCAAAUGCAACAACCCCAAUGGACAUGGACACAACUACAAAGGUGAGAUUCUGUCUGAUACUGACACAUUGCCCUGGGUGUAUGAAGGGGGGAUUGGGGAGGAUGAAUCCCACUCUCUAGAUAAUCUAGUGGGGGAGGGGUAAAAUGCUCAUCGUCGUGUAACUUUUAAAAUCUAUUUUACUACUUUUAGACAUAAUAAUAAAACAAACCUGUUGUAAAGUAUUGAAUCGUUUACUUUGGUUCCUGUGCAAAGGGGUUUAUCAGCAAACCUGUCAAUUUGAUGUAAAGAAUUUAGAAUAUCCAAAUUAGUUAAAGGUUUUCUCCAACCAGUGGUGUACACACGAACCAUGGGGCCCCGGUGUGAAAAUUGAUCCAUGGCCCCCCCUUACUCUGCGUGGGCCGGGCCGCAACACAUGGCGGCGGGCACCUGGUCGCAGGGGUCCCUCUUCAGCUCCCUUGCGCACCGCACUGAUGCCGGAGCCGGAAUAUGAUGUCAUAUUCCGGCUCCGGCAUCAGUACACGGCGCGCGAGGGAGCUGAACAGUGAGUACUCAGGUGAGAGUGCUCCCUCGCGCGCCAGCCAGCUAGCCCGGGACACCAGGGCCAGCCUCGGGGGAGAAAAGGCUGGCCACACUGGCGUGCAUACCGGGUCGCAGGACGGCCGGGUCCCCUCGUGGGCCGGGCCCAGUCGCAGGCACGACCCCUGCGACCCUGGUAUGUACGCCACUAUCUCCAACUCACAUGGCCACUUCUGCUUGAAAUGCCGCACAUACAUGGAGAAUCUGAAAGAUUUAUGGCUGUCAUCAUAGCGCACCAGUGACAGACAUAACGAGAUUCACAUAAAAAAGCACGCUUGCAUUUAUAAGCCAACACAAUGUACAAACACUCCCCUGAAUUCAAACACUACAUACAUGUACAUCACUGCAUUCCAAUUGCAACUGUACAUACAAAUACACCCCUACAUGCAGUGGUGUACUUCCCACAAGGCUGGGCAGCAUUUUAUGCCCCCCCCCCCCCACACCUCCAAGCACCCAGGCAUAUGCCCUGUUAGCCUCUUUCAUGGGGUGACCAAGAGCUGGCCGGUUGGCCCUCCGAGGCUUUGUGAGUAGAGCGCCGCUUUCUUGAUUAUAUGAAUAUUUUUAAGCUAAAAACUGAAUAUUUGACAGUAAUCUAAACAUUGUGUCAGUCCCUAAUUAACCUGUUCUAUCUGUUUCAGUGAUUGUCACAGUGCGUGGAAAGGUAAGUGAAUGUAUUAAAAACAGAGAGUAUCUUGUUUUAUAGUUAGCCCUCGUAGAACCAACGAUAUUUGAAUUGUAGUAAUGGCAUGAAAGCCUAGCUGUGGUAACUGGUGACAACUGCCACCAUCGAUUUGGGAACAAUGUAUUAUUUUUAUUAUUAAGAAUAAUACAUUUUAGCUCCUUUUCUUACAUUGUGUGUAUUGGGACAGUGUGUAAGGGGGGGGCAGUGUGUGUAAGGGGGGUUAUAGUUUGUGUGAGGGGAAAGGGGGGCAGAUUAAAAAAAAUGUUUGUAAAUGUAUUAAAUAAUUACUACAAUAUAGUUUGUCCCCCCUCCCUUCUUACCUGUUUGAGGGAGGAGGAGACAUUGCUUUCCCCGGUGGUUCUAGUGGUGAGAGUGAACUCUAGCCUGCAGCUCUGACUAGAGUUUACUCUCGUGAGAACGGAGAGUUGCCAUGGUAACCGCAACAACGUUCUGUACUCACGAAAGGAGAACCCUGCGGAGCUGCAGGUAGGAGCUCCCCCGGGUUCUCUCUCCCCUGCCUGACAUCCAGCAAUCACUGAUCUCCCCUCUGGUCCGUGAAGGCAAACAGCAGGGCUGGCGCUUGGAUAGUGCCAGCCCUGCAUUGGCCACCCGGGGAGAGCUUUGGCCUCACUAUUUUCUCAGGGGCAGGGAAGGGGGGCAAUUGCCCUAUUUCCCCCCUCCCCGGAUCCGCCACUGUUACAUAGGCACUGGUGGCUUUCAGGCCUAGCUCUCUUUAACUUGUCCUUGGAGUCAGGGACUGUGCAGCCAGCCAACAGGUCCGAAUACAGGUUACUGGGAUUCCCGAAUCACAUACCAGGACAUGCACACAAUACUUUAUUUUUAUUCAGGGCUAGCCAAUAUGCACAUUACGUUAGAUUUUCUGUGACCUGCUUAAUAAAAUACAAAUAACCAGAUAUUAUGGGAAAUAUUAACAUAUUUAUAAAGAGGUGUGGAAUACAAUAAUUAACAAGGACGAUCUCCUGUGUCUGCAGAAUUCAUAAUAAGCCUUGCUAUCUAGGCUGUUUCAAGAUCCUGACAACCAACAGAUGGCGCUGUUCAGGAUCCAUAGCUGAAUCCACCAAGUUGAUUGAAACCAUCAGCAGAACAGGAGAGCACACAAAACAUUAAUAAUAAACAAUUACAUCAUACGCACCCUGCACCUGAACCAUAAGAAUAAUUUAGGGACCUACAUAAAGUGUCCAUAUUCUGCUCUGAUCGUCAUUACCAUCUCCGUUCUCCUUCACAAUCUUAACUUCUAUUUCAGAUUGAUCCCGUCACAGGAAUGGUGAUGAAUUUGACAGAUCUUAAGAAAUACAUGGAGGUAAGAGGUUGCCCAACAGGGUUCAGAGGUGACUUUAUGUGGUGCUCAAUACAAGCUCCAGAAUUUUUAUUCUGGAGCUUGUUAAUUAGAAAUUAUAGUCUACAUAAAAUAAUUAAAACUUGGGGUGUAUUUAACAAACAAUCAAUGUGGAAUUGGUAAAUUAUAGCUGAGAUUCUAGCAGCCAAGAAGCGAAGCCAGGAGAAAAGUGAAGACUCAACACAUGGAGUGGACUAUGGGUUCCUUGCAGGCUGCAAUUGCAGAGUCAUGUAUAGUAUAUGUGCAUGGUGUAACUUUACUUACUGUGUCUCGACAUUAUUCCCACAUACAAACACAUUUUACAAUCUGGUGGCAGUUGUGGGAUGUUGAAAUUCUAAAAACACCAUAAGAAAAACUAAUAUGUCUGUAAUCGACAAAUCCUGUCUAUAAUAUUCCAACGAAGGCGAUUCCAUAUAAUCCGUAAAAUUUAGAAAAGUAUGAUGAAAAAAUGGGGGGACAAAAAAAAACCACAACCUUCUAUAUAAUCCCCCUCCAGGAAGCCAUUGCCAUUCCCAUGGAUCACAAGAAUCUGGAUCAAGACGUACCUUACUUUAAAAAUGUUGUCAGGUAAGUCAUUCCUGGUCACUGAGAAUAGUGUCGGUCUGGUUGGAAUAAAAUUGGGUUUUGUUGGGGUGUCUUUUAAUUUGUGUGCGUGAUCAGCUAACUACAUAAUGAAAUUGCCACAUGGGCCGAGAUUUGGAUAUUUUCUAGAGAGGUGAUGUUUGUCAUGUCAGACCACUGUGAGAUUAAUCUCUGGCAUGCUUUCCCAGUUUGUAUACUAAUCUCUAUUAAUUUAGUGGCCUUCUCCCACUGUAAAAAUGGGACAGGUACUAAUCGAAAUACUGCCUUUACAAGCACUUUGCACUAUCUACACUUUCUCUUGUGUUUUCCAGUCGGACUCCUUCAGUUCUGAUUGGAGAAUUCCCCAGUGCAGACAAAGUCUGUGUUGGCAUUAAUGGGAAAGAUUGCAAAGGCUGUAAAUAAAUCUGCAUCUCCUGCAAGAUGUUUUAAAUAUACACCAAUGGAAAUUCAGACACGGGAGUGCUCUUUUUAUUUAAAAAAAGGUUAUUUAGUAUCAUUAGGAUACCCACACAUUCUGUACAUUUAGAUGACCUCACGACAUGCUGUGCAAAUCCAAUCAUUAAUACUGUGAGAAAAUAUACUGAGGGAGAAGUUUAUUAAAGGAUUAUUCACUAAAGUGAAAAUUGACAGAAUUAAAAAUAAAAUUAAAAUUUUAAGCCAAGACAGCUGAACUGGUAAAACCUCUCCUUGUCAGCUUUGAUUUCAGUUUAGAUCUUUUAACCUUAAAUUUGGAAUUCAAACAUUGGAGUUCUCUCUUUAUUGAAUAGCGUGUUAAUUGCAGUGUUUUGGGUAUGCAUUUCUCCCAGUACAGUCUAAAACGUAAAGCCUAACAGGAGCCCAAGUCUAAUUUCUAUAACGUAUUGGGGAAUUUAAAACGAAUAUAUAUUUUCUAAACCUGGAUCCAGGCAUUGUAGAAUAUUAUCGCUUGGUAGCUCUACGUAAGAGGUGUGACAUUUUUAUUUCUAUCCACUAUGACUGCAGUUCAGUGGAGAAUGUGUCGGUGUUCAUCUGGGAAGGUCUGCAGCAGAGGCUCGAAGAAGGACUUCUCUAUGAGGUCUGUGUCCAUGAAACCGAUGCCAACAUUGCUGUUUACAGAGGCGAAUAAUGUCCACCACGUGAAGGAAGUAUCUAAUCAAAAUACAUCAGGACAUUAUCACUCCAGCUAAGGAAAGCCUUGAAAAUACAGUCCAACAAAUGUGGGUCUAAAGUAUGUAUAAAGUAUGUUGUUUGCUACAACCUUGGUCCUUCAGCUGGUGAUAGACUAAAUGUCCCAUUGGAAGACACAUUCUAGGGUCCAAACCAAAUGCAGUCCUACUCUAACAAGCUGUGCACAUCUAUGGCUCCAGAUUGCUAUGUCCACCCUGAUCUUUAAUGUAAUAAAUAGUGAAGAAGGUUUAUGUAUAUAGAAUUCUUGAAUUUGUGUUUUUCCUUUUUUAUUAGGAUAAUGGAUUCCUGUUUACAUCACAUUCAGAUGUUAAAAAAAAAUAAUCUUAACAUAUUUAACAUUUAAAUGUCAUACUAUUUGCAGUGCUCCUUACCACAACUACAAUUUUAAAGAAAAGGAAAGUCAUGCGCACCACAGAACCAAAUAACAUGACUCUAGGCCUACAUAGACAUGUUGUGGGCUUACUAAAACAUGUUUUUGGUUUCUUCAAAUAUGUUUAAAAAAAAAAAAAAAAAUCCCAAACCAAUACAGCAAAUAAAAUAACCAUGCAAGAUCUGACACAUUGCCAAACAUCUUAAAACGUACUGAGGGUUCAAUAAAACAUGUUCGCAGGUUGCUAAUAGCAAAGAUGUCCGUGGAAGGAAUGAUUCUCCAUUCAAUGGGGAAGGAAUGAGAUUUAAGACACUGCAGGUGAACUGGAACCCAAUAUUAAAUGAAUUUAAUACAAAGUGCCAAAAAUAUUAUACAGUGCUACCUCGUUUUACGAAUAUAAUGCGAUCUCCGGGACGUUUCUUAUUGCGAAAAAUUUGUAAACUGAAACGCGGUUUCCCAUAGGAAUGCAUUGAAAACCAAUUAAUCCGUUCUGGAGGUCAGAAAAAAGUCAAAAUGAGCCGGCAUGGAAACCAACCCACAAUGCAGAACACACAAUAAAAGGCAGGCAAAUGAUGAAGCUCAGCUACCUACCUUUCCACAGCUUGAGAAAUGCACCAAAAAAAACCUGCAAAAUAUUUCCAGAAUGGCUCCAAAACUCGAUGCAAAAGCCGCUCCAACACCUCCACACUCAACGCCAUGUGCUACCCACAGGCUCCAGCAUGCAAGGGGCGGUGCUAUAAACCUCCCAGGUGCAAUGCAUCCUGGGGAAACUUGCUUUGUAUUGUGAAAAAAAAAUCGUAAACCGAGGCAUUAUUUUCAAUGGAUUUUCAUUGUAAACCGAAAAUUAUGUUAACCGAGGUGUUUGUAAACCAAGGUACCAUGUAUAAAUGUACCACUGUAUAUACAUUUUUUUUUUCUUUUGGUUUGCUGCAAAGUGAUUGCUUCCCGUAGUAGGCUCUGCACAGACUGUGAAUGAGCUGACACUGGCUGCUUCAAGGUUUGCCAGGGAAACUGAUCAAAUCCCAUUAAGCUUCACUCAAUAAUGGUUCCUCACCUAGCAGCACCUUCAUUGGAGAACGUGAAUGGAACGCUUAGAUAUAGGCUGGUAGCUUUGUUUGAGCAUGAAUUCCAGAGAAUCCUUUGAAAAAGCAGUGAAGGAUCCCAUUAUAAUCAAUGUAGAUCCAGUGUGUGCUCCCACUUCAAGAUUAUUACAGUGACAGUGGCUAUGUAUGUGUGUCACUGUAUGUAUCUGUAUGUAUGUCACUGUAUCUGCAUGUGUGUCAGUGUGAGUGUCUGUGUAUCUGUAUGUGCGUCACUGUAUGUAUUUGUAUGUGUAGCGGAUGGCAUUGGGCUGUCCUAAAAACUACAGUUAUUAUUAUGUAUUCGGUUAAAUUGUAUCCAUGUAUGUGAAAAUGUAUGCAGCAUUCGUCUGAUUGUUCGGUAGAAUAACUCCAGUCAUUAUGAGAGUGAAACUACCGAACAGUCAGACCAGCCCAGUAGGAAGUGUGCCUCCAAUUACCGUUUGCAACAAUGUUGCGAACGGGUAAUUGGCAAUCUGUGUAGUGGGUUCUUUGUUCUCGGGGUGUUAUGGGCAAAUGCAAAUAUUACAAGUUUUAGAAUGAAAUGUUGUAUUUCUUAAACUGUGUACUUUGUCUUUAAGAGAUAUUGCAAACUGUCAAGGUGUUAGAAAUGGAACAUUGUUUUUCAUAGAUGUUUCUUUAAGCAAUAACCUCAGUGCAUAAUAUAAGGACUUGAGUACGUAUUUACGUAUCACAAUAAGGGCGCGGUUUCCUUUUUUCUUUGUUCCAUAAGGACUUGAGUACGUAUUUACGUAUCACAAUAAGGGCGCGGUUUCCUUUUUUCUUUAUAAGUGGAUUUUUUAUGGACUUUCUCAUUGAGUGUAUCUCAUUUGUUUUUAUUACUUUCUAUGUACAAUAAACAGUUACUAUUUUAUAUAUUUUUAUCACUCUUGAGACAUCCAUUAUUAUAUACCUUUUUUUUCCUGGUUACCAUUUUAUUCCUUGGUGGGGAUUAUACCACCUAUACGCUGUAAACUAGAGCAAGGCACGCUCUAGUAAAUGUGAGUACGAUACGUUACAUUUUAUUCCUUAUUUUAAGUGAUUUUAAUACAUACUACACUAUGUGGAUUCCCUUGUCUAUCUGUAUGUUCUUUAUUUGAGACCUUCAAGACGUGGACCACUUUACAUUUAUCCUAAGACGGGGAUUGUUCCGUCCAUGCGCAUGAACAGCAGAGCUCUGUUUCUAGCUCUGUUAUAUGUGAGUGUACAUCUAUUUACUCUUUGUUCACUUACUGAAUACUAUCAGUGCUACACUAUUAUUUGUAUAUCUCUUUUUUCUUUUUGAGGUACAUCAUUGCAAGUGUAUGGCCAUAAGGACUUGAGUACGUAUUUACGUAUCACAAUAAGGGCGCGGUUUCCUUUUUUCUUUGUUCAGUGCAUAAUAUGUUUGCGCCAUUUUGUCCCAGACGAAUUACAAUAACAAUAAUGCAUAAACAAGCUUCAAGGCUAUGCUACGACUCUUGCAGUACACAAUAUACUGUGGUAACCCCAAGUUAAUGGAACUUCCCCAAAUCCGGGAAUCUCCCACGACUGUACACUUACGACUUCGUAUAAACAACAGAUAACCUAUUCAGACUUUAAGAUGCCAUCUUGAACUAAGUCAGGAAAAUUUCCAUGACGUUUGCACCCUUUAGUUAUGGCCUUGUAUGUUUGCCAAAUUAAGGGAGGUCCUAAAAUGAAUAAAGUAAAUGAACUACGGUAACCCUAAAAUGGAGACACCUAAGGUAUAAAUAGGUGUACUUUUAAAUGUUAAGACACAGAGGAG